AUGAACAAACAUGCUGAAGAAGAAAGGGAAGGGGAAGAAGAUGAUAAUCAAGUUGUCAUGGCAGUGGGUAUGCUCCAUCAAUCAAGCCAAGCCCAUUGUGGUUCACAAGUAUACCGUGGCUCGAACGUGGACAGACGUAUGCAUUCUCGGGGCCAAUAUAGAAUGCAGCCUCAUGUGUUCAAUAAAAUCAUGCAUGAUGUUUGCAAUUACGACGCAUACUUUGUUCAAAAGUAUGAUGCUACUGGGGUUUUAGGGCUUCUUUCGGAGCAAAAACUUACAGCAUCUCUACGGAUGCUAGCGUUUGGUGCAUCUGCAAACUAG